AUGUUCGAGGCCCAGCAGGAGGCGUGGGAAGCACUGACAUUCAGUGACGUGGCUGUGAAGUUCACGCGGGAAGAAUGGGAGCUUCUGGACUGUGCUCAGAAGGCCCUGUACCGGGACGUGAUGUUGGAGAACUACAGAAACCUGGUGUCCGUCGGGUAUCAACCUAAAAAACCUGAUGCACUGACCAGGUUGGAAGGAGGUGAACAACCACAGAUUAACAUCCCUGAACAUCAGAGAGAAAGCUUUUCAGGUGAGCGAGCAAGUAGCAGUAAAUUAAAGAAAUCCCAUGUAUGUAGUGACUGUGGCAAAGCCUUUCGCAAGAAAUCAGCUCUCACUGCCCAUCAGCGAAUUCACACAGGGGAGAGACCCUUUGUGUGCACGGAGUGUGGGAAAGGCUUCAGGACGAAGUGUUACCUCACUGUCCAUGAGCGAAUUCACACAGGGGAGAGACCCUUUGUGUGCACGGGGUGUGGGAAAAGGUUCAGGACGAAGUGUUACCUCACUGUCCAUGAGCGAAUUCAUACUGGGGAGAAACCCUAUGUGUGCGGGGAGUGUGGAAAAGGCUUCAUCAUGAAAGGUUACCUCACUAUCCACCAGCGAACGCAUACUAGAGAGAGACCCUAUGUGUGCCAGGAGUGUGGAAAAGGCUUCUUCAGGAGGCAUAAACUCACUUUCCAUCAGCAAACUCAUACUGUGGAGAGUCCUAUUGUGUGCAGGGAGUGUGGAAAAGGGUUCAUCACAAAAGCUUACCUCAUUGUCCAUGAGCGAACUCAUACUGGGGAGAGACCCUAUGUCUGCAGCCAGUGUGGAAAAGGGUUCAUCGCGAAGGGUGAACUCAGUAGCCACCAACACACACACACUGGAGAGAGACCCUAUGUGUGCGGGGAGUGUGGAAAAGACUUCAUCACGAGGCAUCAACUCACUUUCCACCAGCGAACUCAUACUGGGGAGAGUCCCAUUGUGUGCAGGGAGUGUGGAAAAGGGUUCAUCAGAAAGGAUCACCUCAGUGUCCAUCAGCGAAGUCAUACUGGGGAGAGGCCCUAUGUCUGCAGCCAGUGUGGAAAAGGGUUCACCAGUAAGGGUGUACUCAUAACCCAUCAACGAACACAUACUGGGGAGAGACCCUAUGUGUGCAGGGAGUGUGGUAAGGGGUUCAUCACAAAGUGGGAAUUAACUGUCCAUCAACGAACUCACACUGGGGAGAGACCCUAUAUCUGCCCAGAGUGUGCAAAAGGGUUCACCACAAGUAGUCACCUCGCUGUGCAUCAGCGGAUUCAUACCGGGGAGAGACCCUAUGUGUGCGGGGAGUGUGGGAAAGGCUUCAUCUCAAAGAGUGAACUCACUAUCCACCAACGAAUUCAUACUGGGGAGAAACCGUAUGUGUGCAGGGAGUGUGGAAAAGGGUUCACCAUGAAGAGUGACCUCACUAUCCAUCAACGAACACACACUGGAGAGAGACCGUACGUGUGCCAGGACUGUGGAAAAGGCUUCAUCAGAAAGGGUAAGCUCGUUGUCCAUCAGCGAGCUCACACUGGGGACAGACCCUAUGUGUGUAAAAGAGAAAAGUAA